AUGCCCGUUUUACAAAGCCCCGCGCUGGGCCCGCUCCCCCUGGGCCUCCUCCUCCUCUUCCUCCUGCGGGGCUGUGGGGCCUCGAGGCCGAGCUUUCUGCUGAUCCUGGCUGACGACCUGGGCAUCGGGGACCUGGGCUGCUACGGGAACCGCACUCUGAGGACCCUGAACAUCGACCGCCUGGCGGAGGAGGGCGUGAUGCUCACCCAGCACCUGGCCGCCGCCCCGCUGUGCACCCCGAGCAGGGCCGCCUUCCUCACGGGCCGCCACGCCUUCCGCUCAGGCAUGGCCGGCAGCGGCGGGUACCGGGCCCUGCAGUGGAACGCGGGCUCCGGGGGGCUUCCCCAGAACGAGACCACCUUCGCCCGCAUCCUGAGGCAGCAGGGCUAUGCCACGGGGCUCGUGGGGAAGUGGCACCAGGGCGUGAGCUGUGCCACCCGCCAUGACCACUGCCACCACCCGCUGAGCCACGGCUUUGACCAUUUCUACGGCAUGCCCUUCACGCUGCUCAGCGACUGCCACCCCAACGGGCCGCCCGAGCUGGCUGCGGCCACCAGGGUCCAGCUGCAGAGCUGCACGCGGCUGCUGGCCCUGGGCACCCUGAGCCUGCUGGCCGCCAGGCUCUGUGGCCUCCUGCCCGUGCCCUGGAAAUCGCUGCUGGGCGCGGCCUGCCUCAGCCUCCUGCUCCACCUGUGCUGGUCCUGCAGCUCCGGGUUUGUGCGGCGGUGGAACUGCAUCCUCAUGCGGAACCACGAGGUCACCGAGCAGCCCAUGGACCUGGGCCACAGCACCAGGCUGCUCCUGCGGGAGGCCCGGGCCUUCAUCCAGAGGCACCGGCAUGGGCCCUUCCUGCUGCUCGUGUCCCUGCUGCACGUCCACGUACCGCUGCCCACGGCGCCCGCCUUCCUGGGAAGGAGCCUGCACGGCCUCUACGGCGACCACGUGGAGGAGAUGGACUGGUUUGUGGGUAAACUCCUCGACGGCCUGGAGAAGAAUGGCUUGAAGAACACGACGCUUACAUAUUUCACAUCCGACCACGGAGGACACCUGGAGGCCAGGGACGGAAGCAGCCAGCUCGGGGGAUGGAACGGGAUUUACAGAGGUCAGACGGGGACUGGGGGCUGGGAGGGCGGCAUCCGGGUCCCCGGGCUCUUCCGCUGGCCCGGGGUGCUGCCCGCCGGCCGAGUGAUCCGCGAGCCCACCAGCCUCAUGGACGUCUUCCCCACCGUGGUGGAGCUGGCGGGCGGCCAGGUGCCCCGGGACAGGGUAAUCGAUGGCCGCAGCCUGCUGCCCUUGCUGCGAGGGGAGGAGGAGCAUUCAGGCCACGAAUUCCUCUUCCAUUACUGUGGGACUGAGCUGCACGCUGCUCGCUGGCAUCAUAGGGACAGUGGCCAAGUCUGGAAGGUCCACUACACGACACCCCGGUUCCAUCCCCCAGGAGCGGGCGCCUGCUAUGGCAGUGGUGUGUGUCCCUGCUCUGGGGACGGCGUGACCCACCACCGCCCGCCUCUCCUCUUUGAACUCUCCAGUGACCCUGCAGAGGCCCGACUGCUGUCGCCUGACUCCGAGCCCCUUUUCCAUGCAGUGGUGGCCAGGGUGGGCGAGGCCGUGGCUGAGCACCGGAAGACCCUGAGCCCGGUGCCCCAGCAGCUGUCCACAAGCAGGGUCCUGUGGAGGCCCUGGCUGCAGCCAUGCUGUGGGACGUUCCCCUUCUGUGGGUGCCAGGAAGACAGCGACAGCACACCCCAAAAGCCAGGACUCUGAGACAGAACUGUCCAUACCCACUUCCUCCUCUACCGUCCUUAGUCUAUGGAACUGUCCUCCUGGUGCCAAGAGGGCUGCCACAGCACUGGACAUCACAUAGACACUGCAGACGAAUGGAAGAAUAACAGGCAUUCUGUGUUUUAGAUCAACCCCCGAGAAAGGUGAUUAUGCAGAAAAUUUUGUUUCCAAAAAUCUGUGUAUAGAAACAAUUAGGAAUGAAUCAAUGCAGGUACAAGGCCCAGGUUUCAUUCCCAACACUGCAAAAUCAGCACUGAAAUUCGCAGCGCUGC